UCCUCCUCCUCCUGCUGCUUAGUGGUGAGCACAGACAGAGAGACAGGUGGACAGACACGAUGUCCACUGCCCUCCUCGUCUCCUCUCCUCUCCCCUCUCUUCGUCCUCCUCCUCGUCUCCUCUCCUCUCUCCUCUUCCACCUCCUCGUCUCGUCUCCUCUCUCCUCUCUUCUUUCUCCUCCUCCUCCUCGUCUCCUCUCCUCUCUCCUCUCUUCCUCCUCCUCCUCCUCCUCCUCUCCUCUCUCCCCUCUUCCUCCUCCUCCUCCUCCUCCUCGUCUCCUCUCCUCGCCUGAUGUCCUCCGUGUGAAUCCCGGAGAAUGAAGCGUUUGUCCUCGCGCUGAUGCAAACCGCCCCUCUCCAGUGCAGCUUCAUAAUCAUGGUGUUUGCCCAGUCGUCGCACUCAGCUGGUGUCAAUCCCUCCCUUCACAAUCCAUCCUUCACGUAUCAGAUGUCCUUCAACUACUCUGAGAGGGAGAACUCAACUUUCCUUGCAGCCUCACCCACCACUCCCCUGUGCAGACUUGAGGGCUUGUCCUCCGGCCGGCCCAACAGGACGUCUGCCUCUUACGAGCUGACGCCCAGGGAGGUGGCCGUCCUGGGCUUGGUGUUUGCGGUCCUCUGGUUGGUCUCCAUCUUGGGAAAUGCCCUUGUCUGCCUAGUCAUUCACCGGAGCCGGCGGACUCAGUCCACCACCAACUAUUUUGUAGUGUCAAUGGCGUGCGCAGACCUGCUCAUGAGCCUGGGCUGGGCCCCCUUCAUCGUCCUGCAGGUGGCCUCUGGGCGAUGGCCGCUGAGCGCAGCGGCCUGCAGGGCGGUGCGCUACCUGCAGCACCUCUGCCCUGGGGUACAGGUCUACGUGCUGCUCUCCAUAUCGGUGGACCGCUUCUACACCAUUGUUUACCCGCUCAGCUUCAAGGUGUCCCGGGAGAAAGCCAAGAAGAUGAUCGCAGCCUCGUGGCUGUUCGACGCCGCCUUCGUGUCACCCUGCCUCUUCUUCUAUGGCUCCACGUCCGGCGGCGAGGACCACUGUGACUUCUUUCUCCCGGAUAGCUGGGGCAGCGUUGCCUACUCCGCAGUUCACCUGCUGUUGGGCUUCCUGGUGCCGGUGGCGCUGAUUGUGUCGUUCUACCAACGGGUGGUCCGCUACAUCUGGAGGAUUAGCUCCGACGGCCAUGCGGUGCGUCGCACGAUGAACAUCGUCCCGCGGACUAAAGUCAAGACCAUCAAGAUGUUCCUGGUUCUCAACUCGGUGUUCUUCCUCACCUGGAUGCCGUUUUAUGUGGCCCAGCUGUGGCACCCCAGGGAGUCCGAUGGACCCAGUAGGCGGGGACUGCUGUUCUUCACGGCCAUCGCCUGGAUCUCUUUCAGCUCCACAGCGUCCAAGCCAACCAUGUACUCCGUCUACAACGCCAACUUCAGGCGGGGAAUGCGGGAGACUUUCUGCAUGUCCUCCAUGAAGUGCUACCGCAGCAACGCGUACACCAUCACAGCAAGCUCCCGGGUUGCCAAAAAUAACUAUGUCGGGGUGGUGGAGAUCCCCGCGGAGGCCAAGGCCGCAGCCAAGGAUUCAUCCCACGAUGCGUUUGGCAGGGAGGCUAAGGAGAAGAAAGUGGCAUGGACUUCCAACGCCACACCCCCCAACACCUUUGUCUAAGCAAGACUUUAGGGACAAUUUGGGAGACUUCUGGACCUCUUUCUUCAAUGGCGCAAUGUCUGUGUUAGCCGGCGAGCUAACGCUAACGGAAUGAGUUCAGAUAAAAAAGGGCUUUUUCCCUACAAUGGAACAUGCCUUUAGACGGCCAUGUUCAUGGUCCUCAGCAGCCUUGAGACAUUUUUUAUACUUUUAAACAUUCUUCAUUUCUGUGACUUAUUUCUUGCCAUUAAUGCAUCAGAAUCUGGAUUAGCUUGUUAGCUAGCUGACCACAGCCAGCAGGGUUUGUUGCAGUAACAUAUUUGGGUGCAGCUUACGUUAGCGUUGCGCUAUGCUACAUUUAAAGAAAUCUUGUUGCCUCGCUAACGAACGUCUGAAUUUUAUUUGUGCUCCAAUUGGAGGCUCUAGAGUUGUCAUGUGGGAGGAGCGUGUAAAAUUGUCCACAUGAACUAAGUUUACGUCGACAAUAUGUUCUUUGAUAAAAAGGUUAAAGGUAGAAGCUAGAAGAUGUAAACAGGAAGAGACAAAAGAGUUGGACUGGUAGUCAUCCAGAUUUAAAGAGGGUACAACAUUUUUUUUCUACAAUCAAGAAGGCAAUGAUCAGCAAUCUGAAGGAGGUCAAAGUUGAUCUGAAGCAGGUCUAGGUGGAUUUGAAACGGACCUCUGUAAUUAAUAUUUAUUGUUAUUAUAAUGCAAUACAUUCAGAAACAGUAAUUUAACACAUAUCAUAAAUUAGAAUAUUUAACUUGAACUGUCCAGGUAAAUUCUGGCUAGAAAACAUCUUGGUUAAAAUUCUGUUUCAAUAGAUGAAUGUAGCAAUGCCUCCUAAAUAAAGCGUUUAAGGAAGAAAAGAAUUGUGGGUAUGUGAAGUAAACUAAGAAUAAUUAUGGUUAGGUCUGUGGUUAAAAAUAUUGUUAUUAAUAAAAACAUAAACAAAUGUUAAUUGUGAGGUCCUAUGUGAACAAAAGUUUAUAUGAUACUAGCUAGAAACGAGAUUGAAGACAUUCACUAGUGUCAAUAGUGAAGUUAUAUUUUAUUUCUUUCAUCAGCAUUUGUAGCUGACAUGAAAAAUAGACAUGUGAUAUUUCUGUUAGCACUUACAGGCUAGUUAGCACACACAGGUGAGUUAGCUUACAG